CGAAGAUCUUACACAAAGAGCGUGCCAGUUGGUAUACCUAUACCCAGCAGCAGCUCUCCUUUAUUGAGUGGAACUACUUUAACAUCUUCGUCAGCAUUUCAUCCAUCCAGCGAUCUGCCACCAUCAAUACUGUUCUCGCGACCUCCACCAGUUUCCCAAGACUAUCAGUUCGUUGGAGGACAUAUGGGACAUCGCGUGUCAGUCGGCAAUUGGCACCAUGACGAACUCGAGGUUGAUGGGGAAAUCAUCCCUGUUAUUAAUGACGAUGGGCACGGUUGGCAACGACACACGCAAGUGUAUGGUGGGGGUGUCUGCCUUGCAUGUCUUGGAAACGAAGGCGGAUUCUAUGGUCCCAAUGUGCCACUCGAGGAUCGACGAUAUUAGCCCUUGCCCGAGGUCUCACCGGAAGUCUGUUUCUGUUCCAAUGAAGUCCCUUUUGGGUUUUGGAGAUAACCAGAGCCUCAGCCGCCAUGCACCACUCUGCAGGCAUCCAAGCACAAAGACCGCACACACAUACAUCCAGCGCUCGGUGGGGCGUUUAUUUGAAAACAUUAGCAUCAUUGGUCCUCUCGUUUUUUGCAUUGUUAUCUUAGUGGGGGAGGUCACCCAACGAUUCACAGCGCCGUCGAGCGGGGGUUGUUUUAUUGUUGUGUGGUAAAGGGGCUAGGUGGAGUGGUGAACGAUGUCAUGAUCUGUUUCUUUGCCAUAGAUUUCUCUCUUUUUUUCUCUCUUUCCCGCGCAAAAGGUCUUGGUUACAUGUGUCAUGGUUUCUCAGUUCCCAUUCUGUUCGCUAUUCUUUGCGAUACCCUUCUUCUUCUCGUUACUAUCCGCCUUUCAACGUC